AAGUUGGCUGGUUUCAAAUCCACAGCAGUGGCCCUGCUGUGUAGGAAGCGGUUGGUGAAGUGCGCACUCUUUAGGGAGUGAAUGAGACACAUCCGCGCCAACCCAGCGUCUGAAGUAACAUUAGCGAACCGAGCUUACGACAAAUGGCCGUCUGCUCUCUAUCUUUGUGUGGGAAAAAAGCAAUCAUUUUGGGUAGUUUACCGACAAAAUUGUUCAGAAUCAGCACCAGUAUUGGCUUCUCCAGCACCGCUGCAGAGAGGCACAGUACGGGAGAUGACUGCCACAACGAUGAUGGUCAUGAUGAGCAAAGUCUCUCUAUAACGCAUGUCAGGAUGUUAGAGGUGAAAGCCAACAAGCUGGAGGAGCAGGUCCGGGAUCUCACUCACCGAUACAAAAGGGCCUUGGCUGACUCGGACACCGUUCGGAGAAGGACUCAGAAGUUUGUAGAGGAUGCAAAGGCCUUCGGAAUUCAAAGUUUCUGCCGUGACCUAGUGGAGGUGGCAGACCUGCUGGAGGAAGCUGCAGGAGGCGUGGAUGUAGAGGGCACUCAGAAUCUGACUGAGAUAAAGAACAAACUCCUACAGGUGUUUUCCAAGCAUGGGCUGGAGAAAAUGAGGCCUGUGGGUGGCACAUAUGACCCCUACCAACAUGAGAUCGUGUUCCAUACGCCAGCUGAAGGAUUUGAGCCUGGUACCAUAGCCACUGUAAGGCAAAACGGUUACACACUGCAUGGGCGCACUAUUCGCCAUGCACGUGUGGGAAUUGCUGUGAAAACACAGGACUCUUGAUUACAAUGUUGGCCUUACUCUUGUCCUUUUGCCUUUUCAUGUACUUUAUUGAUCCUCAAGGGGAAAUUUGGGAAUGUGUGUGUACACACACUCAUGUGUAUAUAAAAAAAAAAAUAUAUAGCAAUUUUGAUUUGCUCCCUAAGACCGUUUUCAUGCUUGGUAUUAACAUUUGCCUCAGAUGAUCUGAGCACAAAUGGAUGACGCUAAGUAUGAGUGUGAAUUGGGUCCAAUGCGUCUUGCGGAGGUGGUCUGAGAUUCACGGGGCCACGUUACAUUUGUAAUGUGAACGCCAAUGUGGCCUGAUCCAUCUCUGGCACCAUUUAAAAAAACAGCUAGUUUUGCCAGGUUCACUAUUUUCAUGCUGAAUUGAGCUACCCUUCGAACUGCACAAGCCAUUUUUUUUGAUGGCUUGUGUGUUUUGCUAACAUUAUUUAUUUGAUUUCUAUAUCUUAAAUGUACAUACCAGCCACUCGAGUCUCCUCUUAUAUGCAUGCGUCUUCUUACCAUUCUCAACAUAAGCUCCAUUUGUUAAACAUGUUGGUGGACUGCUCUACGCAUUCACACUGCUGUUUGUUUUUUUUUUCAUUUAUUUUUUUUUUAUGACAGUGUCAUAAUAUGAGAAUGAUAUGAUAAUUGUUCAUUUACGUAGUUUAAAAUACGGUGGUUUUUAAAAAUUUAUUGUAGUAUACAGGUUUAUUUCUUGCAUAUAUUAUUUUGUUAGCUUUUGCAUUAUCCCAUUGUUAUAGAAUGUAUAUAUAUAUGAGGACUUGAGGCCAACCAUACUGAACUAGUUUAUAUUUAUUUGUAUGUUAAAUUUAAUCUCAUGUCACUCACUGGACCUUGUUUUUGGAAGAAAUUCCAUUUCCUUCAGUUUUUCCCUUUGAAUUAUCAAAAUGUUAAACAUCUUGUUCGUAUUGAUACAAAAGCUUUGCACUGUGAUAUUUGUGUUUCGGAGAAUAUUUCCCCUCUAUAUGAUGGAAGAGAGACAAAAUGAGUAAUGAUGGUUUACUCAACAAACUGAGAAUUUGGAAAAGUUUGUGAUUUUAUGCCUUAAUGAUUGAUCAGAAGUGUCAGAAUAACAAACUUAACAUUUUCUUGUUUGAUAAUUGUCUAGCUUUGAAAAUAUGGUGCACCUUACAUUAGUGUAUAUGAAGUUCACACGAGGUAGAGAGGAACCUGUUUGAUAUUUAUAUUUCAAGUUAUGCGGUCUUUAAUUUUGUGUACAUUUUGUGUAGUUCACAGUCCAGUAUGAAUAAGAUUUUGCUUGAAGUUGCAUAUGGGAAAUUUUGUAUUUUUGGGUGCAUGGUUUCAGUGAUGUACAGCAUGUUUAUCACUCAUUAUUUUUGUGAAAUUACUAUUAAAAUGUAAAGCAUCGUGUAA